AUGAAAGAAGAAGAAGGUGUGUCUAGAAUGCAGAAACACCCACACGUGAUCUUCGAAGCGCGUACCAAGGCGAACAAGGGCUGCGCCAACAAACUCGAGUUCCGGCCGAAGAGCAGACGCACGAAACACGUGUCAUUCGUCGAGGAACCGCUCGGUGAUGAUCCUAGAAACACGGGAUCCUCUAAAUCGAGAGAGAACCGGACGUGGCGAUGGUGGCAGGACGCGGGACAGCGCGCUAUCAACAGGCGGAGGAGGGACGUACGGGAGACCACCAAGUACAUAGAGACGGCGCUGGUCAUAGACAAAGCCAUGUUCGAUCGGAGAAACGGCAGCACACGCUCCGAAGUAGUCCAUGACGCUAUACAAGUUGCUAAUAUUGCUGAUCUGUACUUUAGAACUCUGAAUACGCGAGUGUCGCUGGUGUACAUCGAGUCCUGGCAGAGCGCCGACCAGGCUGACAUAGAUAAAAAGCAGGACAUUACUCGCGCCAUACAAAAAUUCAGCGACUACACCGCAAGGAAGCUGUUCAAAAUUGAGAAGGACACAACCCAACUACUUACAGGGCUGACCUUCCCGGGAGGGGAGUCUGGGAUCUCAGUUCCGGACACAAUGUGCACUCCAAAGUCUGUCGGCAUCUCCGUCGACACCAACACCUACGAGCCUCAUCUCCUUGCUGGUACCAUGGCCCAUAUGAUUGGACACAAUAUCGGUAUGGGUCACGAUGACGGUCGGGAGCAGUGUUUCUGUCGCGACUGGCACGGCUGCAUCAUGACGCAGUCCAUCGUGGGUCUUGAGAACGUCCAGCCGUACAAGUUCUCCGACUGCUCCAAGAACGACUACAUCAACGAACUUCGCAUUGGCCAGGGUUUAUGUCUUCUGAACAAACCUAAUGAGCUGGUGGUCCACCGUCAGUGCGGCAAUGGGCGGCUGGACGAGGGCGAGGAGUGCGACUGCGGCACCAUCUCCGAGUGCCACAACCUGAACCCCUGCUGCGACCCCUUCACGUGCCGCCUCACUAAGGAGGCACAAUGUGCAUCUGGGGAAUGCUGUGAAAGAUGCCAACUCAAGCCUCGUGGCGUCGUAUGUCGGGAAUCAUCCAAUGAAUGCGAUUUAGAAGAAACCUGCACAGGUCUGUCAGGGGCCUGCCCUGUAGACGCUUAUAGAAAGAACGGAGAGCCCUGCGAAGCCGGCAAAGGUUACUGCUUCGCAGGCCAAUGCCCCACGCUGUCUCUACAGUGCGAGAGGAUUUGGGGCCCUGGGACCAUCGGAGCUGAUAAACAAUGCUUCGAGCAAUUCAACUCUAAGGGCGCCGUCACCGGACACUGUGGAAAGGAUAACAAUGGACAUUAUAUCAAGUGUGAUAUGGAAAACGUGAAGUGUGGCUCGUUGCAAUGCCAGCUGGGGAACAGGUACCCGGUGGUGCCUGGGAUGGACGAAUACUACACGAGGACCGUCAUCACGAUCAAAGGCAACGAAUAUGAAUGCAAAGCGACCACGGGACUACCCGAGCACUCUGAGAUCGGACCACUGGGGCUGGUCCGAGACGGUACUCCGUGCGGAGACAACCUGGUCUGCGUCAAUCAGACUUGCUCCUCCAUCUUCCCCUACAUCGACCACACCAAGUGCCCCACCGACCAUAACAAUCACGAGUGUUCUGCUAGAGGGGUGUGCUCGAACAACAAUAGGUGCGUGUGCAACCGCGGCUGGACCGGGCCGGACUGCUCGCAACCGGACGCUCUGCCACCCUCCCCUACGCCCUACAUACCAGAAAAUACCACUAAAACCGCCUACAACAUGACCAAGAAGGAAACGCCGUAUGAGAACUACCACGGCUCGAACACGGUAUUCCUCGUGGCGGUGCUCAUGUCUGUGGUAGGGGGGGUAUUCAUAGUAUUUGCCCUGAGCGCUCUCUGCUACAGGUCAGUCGUAGUACACAAAAACUUCUCCCUGUGCCUAAGGAAAAAGAGUACGCUGCCGAAAUACGACCCGCCGUACGUGAAGAAACCGAUGACCAAAAGUUUCCCGGCCGGCUCCACUACAUCCAACAACUCCCAGGAAGAUAUCUCCAUCGACGGUGGCAAGAUGCACUCGUUCAAUAACACUUUCAGCCGCGGAGAUUCUCAACGUGUGAUCUUCAAACAUGGGAACCACAUGUCGGGGGCCAGCGGCACUAGUAGAUAUCCAGACCACAAACAAAUGAAACGUGUCCAUUCGGGAAGUGAAGAUGAACCAACUCAUUCAGGUGAAGAAGAUAUAGCGUUUAUAGACGUAGCUCCUAAUUCAAUGGCCAAACUUCCAGAGAAGGGAAUUCUUAAAAAGCACGGCUACGGAGCUAUUGACGGCAAAGACAAGUGGGGUGAUGACUCUCAGUCGGAGCAACUGGAAGCGGGAUCGCAGUCAGAUGGCCAAGAGCCAACUGGAGCCGUAGCUGAUAUGGAGUACAAGUUUAAGGAUUUGAAUGGAUAUCACGAGAAUAUAAUCGUGGCUCUAAAGACAGCAGCUGCUCAACGUGCCAGUGCUGGCGCUUCAGUUGGCUCUGGAGACUUAAGAGCUCUUCAGGAGUACGAAUAUAAACGCGAAAGAGCGCCAAGCGCUGAAAAAAUCCACGAGACAGAGCUAAGGCGACAACGUGGCGCCGAUGAAGAGGAAGACGAAGCCCCACAGUGCGGGCCAAUAAGGAUCAGGAACUUGGAAGACUUGAUCAGGCAAUUGGAGCACCACUCCAGUCGGCACAUGAGUCCGUCAGGGUCGGAGGAUAUAAGAAUGUCGGAGACGGAAGCUGAUAGGCAUUACAGAAUUGAACCAGGGGAGGUGCCACCGCGCUGCCGCGGCCGUAUCUCGGGUGAGGAGGAGUCCCGAUUCGCUUACCCGCGGUACCGGGGCAGCGCGCGGCACCACCCCGGCAUGUUCGCGGGCGGGCCGGCGGGCGCGGGGGGGCGCGCUGCUGCACGCCGCGCAUGCGGGGCUCGCGCCGCACGCGCCGCACGCACCUCACGUGUCACACGCGCAGCACUCGCGCGUCCCACCCGACGACGACGCCCUCUACGAGACGGCCGACGCGGAGAGACUUCGAGAUGCGCCCGACAGCGAAAGUUAGCCCGGUGGGCGAGUGAAGACGUGGUGCCGGCGCGCGAGUACCUGCCGUCGCCGAGCGACAGCGACGUGCCCGCCGCCUUCCCCGAGUACAAGCACUGA